AAUUGCGCCCAUGAUUUUUUUUCCCUCUAACAAUUGAUGUUUCUUUUGUCAAAACGUGGGGAAGUGUUUACUAUUUUUCCCUGAAGUCAGAAUAGAUUUUCUUUAUUUACUUCUCUCUCUCUCUCACUAGAAUUUUUUGUCAAAACAUUAGACCUCUCUCUUUCUCUCCCCCCAAAGGACAUAUAAUUGAGAAUUCAGACUUGGUCCCUUACAUUGCCCAACUUUGGCAGUUGGGCUAACUGAGCAAUGUCCUCUCUGUUGCUUCCCCCUGAAAAUCCAUCUUCUCUGUAUAAACCAGAGCUCUCAAAUCUCUCUUCACUAGAAACAUGCACAACUAUGAGGGAAUUGAAGCAAAUCCAGGCCCAAUUCAUCAAAACCAAUAUAAUCCAUGACACCAUUUCAGCGAGCAGGCUCUUACUCCUCUGCUGUUCUCUCUCUAACCCUGGCCAAUUAGACCAUGCCCGCCGACUCUUCUCUCACUACCCUCACCCCAAUGCCUUCAUGUACAACACCAUGAUUAGGGCCUAUUCAAAUAGCACCACACCAGAAGAAGCUUUCACUCUCUACUCCCAAAUGCUCCAUCAUUCAGCUCCUCAUAACACCCAUACUUUCCCUUUCUUACUCAAGGCUUGUUCCCAUUUCUCCACCUCCAAAGGAUUGCAGCAAAUUCACUCACAACUCACUAAGAGAGGUUUUCACUCUGAGGUUUAUGCACUCAAUUCUCUCAUCCAUGCGUACACAAAACAUGGAGGUGUUCAAGAUGCACAAAAGGUAUUUGAUGGACUUCUACAUAGAGAUUUGGUUUCUUGGAAUUCUAUGAUGGAUGGCUAUGUCAAAACUGGUAGUCUAGAAAUAGCAAGGAAACUCUUCAAUGAAAUGCCUAAAAGAAAUGUGAUCUCAUGGACUACCAUGAUUUCAGGUUAUGUAGAGAGAGGAGAUUAUAAAGAAGCUUUGAGCUUGUUUCGCAUAAUGCAAUCUGAUGGGAUUGAGCCUGAUGCUGCAGCUUUGGCAAGCAUGCUUUCAGCCUGUGCUAAUCUUGGGGCCUUGGAUCAGGGGAAAUGGCUUCAUGCAUAUAUUGAUAAGAAGAAAGUGAAAUUGGACCAGGUUUUGGCUAGCAGCUUAGUGGAUAUGUAUGCUAAAUCGGGUGAUAUCAAUGAGGCACUCAGAGUAUUUUCCACGGUUAAGAUGAGAAGUGUUUUGGUUUGGACAGCUAUGAUCUGUGGUCUCGCGAUACAUGGGAGGCCGGAAGAGGCUGUCAAUCUCUUUGAAGAAAUGAAAAGAGAGAAUAUACGGCCAAAUGGGGUGACUUUUACUGGGGUUUUGACUGCGUGUAGCUAUGCGGGGUUGGUGAACAGAGGGAAGGAGUACUUUGGCAGUCUACAGACAGAAUAUGGCAUAAGGCCUGCAAUAGAGCACUAUGGGUGCAUGGUGGGUCUUCUAGGACAGGCUGGGCUUGUAGAUGAGGCAGUAGAACUUGUAAGAAGCAUGCCCAUCGAACCCAAUUCAGUAAUUUGGGGUGCUUUGCUUGAAGCGUGUAGAAUCCAUGGAAAACUCGAUUUAGGGGAGAGAAUUGGACAAUAUUUGAUUGAAUUGGACCCAACUCAUGGUGGAAGAUACAUACAUCUAGCGGAUAUUUUUGAAGCAGCAGGGAAGUGGGAUGAAUCGGUAAAGGUGAGGAAACUGAUGAGAGAAAGAGGAGUUUGGAAGCUACCAGGUUGCAGUUUAAUUGAAAAGAAUGGUUUUGUGCAUGAGUUUGUUGCAGGAGACAAAUCUCACCCUAAAGCAGAUGAAAUCUAUUCCAAGUGGGAACAAAUUGCUGAAAGAUUAAGGCACGAAGGAUACAUACCUUUGAUUGACACUACGAUUAGUAAUUUAGAAGAAGAGGACAGAGAAACUGUACUCCAUUAUCACAGCGAGAAGCUCGCGAUUGCCUUUGGACUCAUCAAUACAGGUCCUGGAACCACCAUCAGGGUGUUUAAGAACCUUCGGAUUUGCAGGGAUUGCCACUCUGUAACAAAGCUUAUAUCAAAGGUUUAUGCUCGGGAGAUAGUUGUUCGAGACAGGAUACGUUUCCACCUUUUCAAAGAUGGCUCUUGCUCUUGUAGAGAUUAUUGGUGAACAAGGGAGUCCUGCAAAUUUCUUAACAAAAUUGGUCUUAC